GCGGGCGUGCGCGGGACGCAGCGGCGAGACCCGAGCGGAAGGCGAGUGCGCGCUGACAUCCUCUGGAGCGCAACUUCGAGGACGCACAGCAGAGGCGGCAUGCCGUCCUUGGACAAGCAGAACCUGUUGGAGAGCACGAGCGGGGCCCGGUCAUUCUUAGGAUCGCUGUGGAAGAGUGAGGCUGCUUGGACCCCUCCUGUGGACCUGCCCGCGGUUGAGCUGGCUGUCCAGAGCAACCAUUAUUGCCAUGCCCAGAGAGAUUCCGGUAGUCACCCUGACUCCAAGAGGCAGAAGGCCCAGCGCAAGCUCUAUGUGGCCUCUGCCAUCUGCCUGGUGUUCAUGAUAGGAGAAAUCAUUGGAGGGUACCUGGCACACAGCCUGGCCAUUAUGACUGACGCAGCCCACCUGCUCACCGAUUUUGCCAGCAUGCUCAUUAGCCUCUUCUCCCUCUGGGUGUCUUCCCGCCCGGCCACCAAGACCAUGAAUUUCGGCUGGCAACGAGCUGAGAUCCUUGGAGCCUUGGUGUCUGUGCUGUCCAUCUGGGUGGUGACUGGGGUGCUGGUGUACCUGGCUGUGCAGCGCUUGAUUUCUGGAGACUAUGAGAUCAAAGGCGGUACCAUGUUGAUCACGUCGGGCUGUGCGGUGGCUGUGAACAUCAUAAUGGGGUUGACCCUUCAUCAGUCUGGACAUGGGCACAGCCACAGACAGGGGCAGAGCCAUGGACAUGGGCACAGCCCUGGUGACCAAAGCCAUGAAGAGAGCCAGCAGCAGCAGGAGAACCCUAGUGUCCGAGCAGCCUUCAUCCAUGUGAUUGGGGACCUUCUGCAGAGUCUGGGUGUCCUGGUGGCUGCCUACAUUAUAUACUUCAAGCCUGAGUACAAGUACGUGGACCCCAUCUGCACGUUCCUCUUCUCCAUGCUGGUCUUGGGGACCACAUUGACCAUCCUAAGAGAUGUGAUCUUGGUUCUCAUGGAAGGGACUCCCAAAGGUGUGGACUUCACAGCCGUGAAGAAUCUCCUGCUGUCCGUGGAUGGGGUGGAAGCCUUGCACAGCCUGCAUAUCUGGGCGCUGACAGUGGCCCAGCCGGUGCUGUCUGUCCACAUAGCUAUCGCUCAGCAUGCUGACCCCCAGGCUGUGCUGAAGGUGGCUAGGGACCGUCUUCAGGGGAAGUUCAAUUUCCACAUCAUGACCAUCCAAAUUGAGAACUACUCUGAAGAGAUGAAGGACUGCCAGGAAUGCCAAGGCCCCUCAGACUGACUGUCAGGCCAGACACCAUCGGAGGCAUGGCCAGGACCUGUGGGUGGCGCAUCGAAUGUCCAGCCAGGACACCAGGCUCAAGGCACAGCCAGUGGGACCCUUCGUGGCCUCCUGUGAGUCCACAGGAUGAGGAUGAGGCAGAUGAGGCCGUACUUCUCCGGGGAUGUUUGGGCUGGAUCUUCAACUGAUGUUGUCCUCACAUCACAGCUGGAUUGCAGAGACACAGAAGGGGACUCUGGGGUCACCUGUACUAUCCAGGGUCUUUGUGUCUUGAACAAAAAUACUGAAGAAGGAAGACACACAUCACUGGGAAGUUGACUCCCCUUUGCACGAUCAGUUACUUUUUUUGAUAAAAGAAUUUUGAAUCCGA